CUGUUCUCUGUGCUGAGAGCUGAGAGAGUGAGAGGGAGAGAGAGAAGGGUUUUUAGGGUUUCUGAAAUUAUAAGCCUAGUUAAACUUUUGUAUAUCUGAGAGUUGCCGUUGAUGCUUUUACCUAUGGUUUCUGGGAAAAAUUUUCUCGGGAAAAUUUAGCGUCGGCUGUAAGUUGCUUUUAUCUUAUCUUUCUUUCCUUUUUCAGGGUUUCUUUUCUUAAACAAAGCUUAUAACUCAAGCAAAGUUCUUGGGAGUUUGAAACGGAGGCUACUUUUUAAGGAGAAUUAGUCGGUGAGAAACUUAAGAGUCUGUCUAUGAAGACUAUUCUUUUUUGCUCUUAAAUAUAAAUGGCCAUGAAGUUGUAUUGGUGGUGGUGCUAGUACCACUGAAUGGUUCGUUUGGAACAGGAAGUUACAAGAUUAGGAGGAAUCGAGUUUGGUUCGGCUUUUUUAAUAUAUGCUUUGGAAAUUGAAAGGAAUAGUGGAUGAAAGCUGACCUCUUCAAACUCGGAUGAUGUUAACUGUGUAAAUACAUGUAUUUUGAGGGGAUUGAAAUGAGAAAUUCGGGUGUAGUUUGAGGUUGCAACCAUGAGUUGCAGCAUAAAGAACAGUGGAGGCGAAGAGGGGGAAUAUGAAUCGAAAUCGGUCACGCAGAAUGGGUCGGUAACGGCGGAACAGUUUACCAUCGAUGAGAAUCUGCUAGUUGAUCCGAAAUUGCUUUUUAUCGGGACGAAAAUCGGUGAGGGAGCCCAUGGAAAAGUUUAUGAAGGAAGGUAUGGUGAUCGAAUUGUGGCCAUUAAAGUCCUCAAUCGUGGGAGCACUUUUGAAGAGAGAGCUGCCCUCGAAAGUCGUUUUGCGCGGGAAGUUAAUAUGAUGUCGCGUGUUAAACACGAGAAUUUAGUCAAGUUUAUUGGAGCUUGUCAGGACCCUUUAAUGGUGAUAGUGACAGAGUUGUUACCUGGAAUGUCACUCCGGAAGUAUUUAAAUAGUAUUCGUCCUAACAUAUUAGACCUCUAUGUGGCUAUAAAUUUUUCCCUUGAUGUUGCUCGAGCCAUGGAAUGUCUUCAUGCCAAUGGGAUAAUACAUAGAGAUCUGAAACCAGAUAAUUUGUUGCUUACUGCAAGUCAGAAGUCUUUGAAGCUUGCAGAUUUUGGUCUUGCAAGAGAAGAAUCUGUGACAGAGAUGAUGACUGCAGAAACUGGGACAUACCGCUGGAUGGCUCCUGAGUUGUACAGCACUGUGACAUUGCGUCAGGGAGAGAAGAAACAUUACAACAACAAAGUUGACGUCUACAGUUUUGGAAUUGUUUUAUGGGAGUUACUAACCAACCGCAUGCCAUUUGAAGGCAUGUCCAAUUUGCAGGCUGCUUAUGCUGCUGCUUUCAAGCAAGAGAGGCCUAGUCUUCCAGAGGAUCUCUCUCCUGAUCUUGCCUUCAUCAUACAGUCAUGUUGGGUUGAGGACCCUAACCUGAGGCCAAGCUUUAGCCAGAUCAUCCGCAUGCUUAAUGCAUUUCUCUUCACACUCUCACCCCCCGCAUCAUCCUUACCGGACUCUGAUACCCAGGCAGCAGCGACUAGUAAUGGUACCAUGACUGAAUUUUCUGGACGUGCGAGAGGAAAGUUUGCUUUUCUUCGCCAGCUCUUUUCUGCCAAGAGGACCAAGAACUCACAAUGAGCGGGUAAAAUUUUCAAUUUUGAAUAUUUUCUUUUUGUUCCAACCCAAGAAAUGGCAUGCGACAGUGCGUAUAUAUCAUCCCAAGUGAAUUGUGGUUAAUUAACUAGAUGUGAUGACUAUUAAACGAUGAAGAUAUUGAAACAGAUUGAUGUUGAUGGGGAAACUCAUUGGGAAAAUAAAAAAAAAAAGUGACGGGAAGACUUGGCAAUGUCUAGUUGAUGCCGAUCUGAUGUAAAGGAGACCAAUGUGUAGGGCAUAUUCUGUUAAUAGAUGCUACUCUCAUUGAAGAUGCUUACUAAUGAAGCAGCCUAGGGUUUUCAUUUUUUGGUAGGUGAUGAAAUUUCUUAGUCU